AUGCCCGAGGAUGCGGCCGACCCCUUCAGUGACGACCAGUCGCCAGAUACCCUGCCAGACUACUCGUCGCAAGUUGCUGGUGCAAGCCGUUCACCAUCCGUGAUCACAGUGUCUCGGCCGCCACGCUAUGUGCACGUUGAGCGGCCCACAAGCCCCCUCAUGUACUCAUUCGUGUCAUGGAACUCAAAGUCUAUGCUCGUCGUCCCUCCGCGAGACGUCGAUCCCGGCCGCGGCGCAAUAUAUUUCAUCUCAGUCAAGCUCAAUCUGCAGCCUUUUGCGCCGCUGUCGUAUGUCACGACCGUGCACAGAGGAUCCGACUCUACUGGAGAAUUUGUGGGCGAAUUUGAGCUCGGCAUCACUCAUCCUCGUGCGACAGUUACGAUAGGCAGCUAUACUACACGCUUGAAAAACGUGCUGGUCAACGAACCAAAGUCACCGCGACAAUUUACAUGGGGACAUGAAGAUAUACGUCUUCGCUGGGACUGUCGGACAACACUGGACGAUGGCUCAUACAUGUGCAUAUGCUCGAACUCUUCUUCCCAUCAGAUAGCGUCUUUCGUCCCUCCCCCUCUCGAUGCUUCCCCACCACUACCGGAUGCCACUCUAACUGUUUUUCCUGAUGGCCAUCGGUUGUUCGACCACAUUCUACUCUCAGCCCUCAUCAUCGAGCGCAAAAUGUCCCUGUCUGCCUGA